CUAAAGCCUUUCAGCCAAUCGUAAAUGUACAGACGUUGGAAUAUAAUUUAUGCUAAAAAGCAAUAAUAUAUAUAUAUAUUAUAGGACCUAAUAAUAUAGAUUAUUCAUGACAGAUCAACAGUAAUAAAUAUAGAGUAGGCAAAAAGAUGACAGCCGACGAAAUAUUGCAACGCCUGGGACCCACGGGAUCUUAUCAGAAAAGAUUGAUUUUUAUCGUGCUCAUAUUUGCCUUCGCUAAUGCAUGGGCUCCAUUAUCUGUAAUAUUUACUCACUAUGAACCGAAUCAUCAUUGCAAAGUCAACCUAACUGAAGAGAUGAAGAAUAAAUGCAAUAAUACGAUUCCGUGGGUUGUAGACGAAAAUGGCGUCGAGGUACGGAGCUCAUGUCUCAUGUACAACUUUACAAAAAGUGGUGACGAAGACAAUUGUCCCGGGUUUGAAUUAAACAAAACUGUUCAAUGUUCAGAAUGGAUUUUUGAAACAGAAGAUGAUGGAGGAGGAACAGUCGUGAGCGAGAUGGGUCUCGUAUGUGACAAGGAUUGGGUUAUGCCAUUCAUUGUAUCCGUGAUGAUGGUCGGAAGAGCCAUUGGACUUAUGGUAUCUGGUGCAAUAUCAGAUAGAUUUGGUCGUCGUCCAAUAUUUCUCUCUUCAAGUUUCCUGUUAUUUCUAACUGUUGUGGGCAUGGCGUUUUCACAAAAUAUAUACGUGUAUGGAGUAUUCCUCACACUAUCCGGAGCGCUAUCUAUUGUACAAUAUUCUGUCAUAUGUGUUAUAGGCACGGAGAUGGUCGUUCCAAAAUACAGGAACUUUGUUGUUUUGACUGUACAAUGUGGAUAUGUGUUGGGAUAUGCCACCCUGCCGUUAAUGGCAUAUUUAAGUCAAAAUUGGCACGUUCUACUCUACAUAAUAUCUGUUGGUUCAAUAGUGUUUGCUGUGGGAUAUUGGUAUUUUCCCGAAACGUUACAAUGGCUAAUUUGCAAAGGUAAAAUUGAAAAUGCGAAAACGUUGGUUAAUGAAAUUGCCAAGCACAACAAGAUUGAUUUUGAAGAACGGACCGAGACACUUAUACAAAAGGAUGAAAACGAAGAAGCAAAGUUGAAAGAAGACAUUUAUGCAGGAGAUUCAAGUGUGUUUGCUAUGCUGAAGAAUCCGGUUAUGAGGUGUAGAUUAAUUGUAACAACCUUCGUAUGGUUUGUCACUAGUUUUGUCUACUAUGCGAUCACAUUGAACACCAGUUACCUACAAGGAGAUCGUUACAUCAACUGUCUCUUAGCUGCGAUAUUGGAGAUUCCUAGUAUUGCUUUAGCUUACUGGAUGUUGAACAAAGUAGGUCGAGUAAAGACAUCGGUAUUCUUCUUUUUUGCCUCAGCAAUACCGUGCAUUGCUGCUCCGUUGUUAGAACAAGCUUCUCAAACAGCUAUAUCGGUGAUGGCAAUAGCUGGGAAAACUGCGAUAAGCGGUGCAUUUUACGUUAUCUAUAUUCAUACGGUCGAAAUUGCACCAACGUUGCAUAGAAAUUUGUUCAUGAACGUUUGCAGCGCGUUCUCCAAUAUUGGAUCAAUUUUAUCUCCAUAUGCGAUGUUUAUAGGUAAAACUUCGACCUCGCAACUUGUGAUUUACCUACUAAUGGGAGGGCUAUCUGCUGUGGCAGGUAUUUUAAUCAUGAUUUUUCUGCCUGAAACUGUUGGGUCGCCCCUGCCAGGGACUAUACAGGAAGCGGCGGAACAAAAAACGUUAAUUCAGAUGAGUUACUGCUACCGCAAGAGGAGUGAAAGAUCGAAACCUCGGCAAAGAUGAAAAUGAAGAUAAAAUUAAAAGUUGCCGUACUAAUGCCAUGUACAAAUAUAAGCCUAGAUAUUUUCAGAUAUGGUUUGUCAUUGUAUGCUAUUUCAUCAACAUGGCAAAUAUACGAUGCCCCACUUAACCAGCAUGGCUAACAAUGCGUAGCAUACUUAAUCAAAAAUGCACUUGAAAUACUAUUUCAAAACUUUAAUAAAAUAUAUAUUAAUACC